GCCUCCUGGCGGUGCUCCUUCCUGCCUUCCCACUCCUUCUCCUCCCGGAGGGGGAAAAUGGCUUUUGUCUUCCCCGAGGGCUGCCUGGGCGCCUCCCUGCCGGGCUUGGCUCUGGACGUGGUGGAACCUCCAAUUCUGUCUGUCUUUGCCUGGAGACAGGCAUUGGCAGAAGAAGGCAGAUUUCACCAUUCAGCCUUCGUGGAGGCUUCCUUGGAGCACAGAUCAACAAUGGGAGAAGAAGACUCAGCUGCUCGCAGAGCAGGAAGAGGCCCCCUUAUCAGUGGGGAAUUCUGGGAAAGAACACUGCCUAAAAACAUGGAGGAGGAGGAGACCCUCAGCUCGGACGUACAACGCCGGCGCUUCAGGCAGUUCCGCUACCAGGAGGCUGAGGGACCCCGAGAGGUUUGCAGCCGACUCCACGAUUUCUGCUGUCGUUGGCUAAAGCCAGGGCAGUACACCAAGACUCAGAUCCUGGACCUGGUGAUCUUGGAGCAGUUCCUGGCUGUCCUCCCCCCGGAGAUGGAGAACUGGGUGAGGGAAUGUGGAGUGGAGACCAGUUCCCAGGCAGUGGCCCUGGCUGAAGGUUUCCUUCUGAGUCAAGCGGAGGAGAAGAAACAGUUAGAGCAACAGGUCAAAGUUCUUCUUGGACAAGCAGUUCCUGAUUUCUUUGAGGCGGAGAGGAUUCUGUUGGGCACCGGACAGAGGUCACUGGGUGAUGGAGCGAUACCAGAAAUGCUUCCUCGGUCAACUCUUCUGUGUCCUGGAGGAGAAGCAGCAGACACAGGAGCUGAGGCGGGUCCAGUGUCAUUUGAGGAGGUUGCUGUGUUUUUCACAGAGGAGGAGUUGCCUCUGCUGGAUCCUGACCAGAAAGCUCUACACAGGGAAGUUAUGGAGGAGAAUUAUGGGAUGGUGGCCUCUUUUGCAGGCGGCGAAUGGGAAACUCAGCAUAAUCGUGACCGACUCCCAAAGGUGUCAUCGGAAAGAGACAGAUGCAAGAAGAGCAAAACGCACACCGGACAGCUGCCAUAUAAAUGCUUGGAGUGCGGAAAGAGCUUCAGACUGAGUGCAAGUCUCACAAACCAUCAGAGAAGCCACAAUGGGGAGAAACCAUACAAAUGUUUGGAAUGCGGAAAGAGCUUCAGUCUGAACAGAGACCUUGCUUAUCACCAGAUCAUUCACACGGGGGAGAAGCCGUUCCAGUGCACGGAGUGCGGAAAGACUUUUACUCGAAGCACAAACCUCCGCGGUCAUCAGAGAAUCCACACAGGCGAGAAACCCUACCAGUGCUUGGUGUGUGGAAAGAGCUUCAGCCAGAAGAAAUAUCUCACGUCUCAUCAUCGGAUUCACACAGGGGAGAAACCCUAUAAAUGUUUGGACUGUGGAAAGUGCUUCAUUCUGAACAAAGACCUCACUUGCCAUCAAAGAAUCCACACAGGGGAGAAGCCGUAUCAGUGUUUGGAAUGCGGGAAGAACUUUCGCUUGAACAAAGACCUUGCUUGUCAUCAGAGAAUUCACACCGGGGAGAAACCGUACCAAUGCUUGGAAUGUGGAAAGAGCUUCAAUAGGAGCACAAACUUCCGCUGUCAUCAGAGAAUCCACACCGGGGAGAAACCAUAUCAGUGCUUGGAGUGUGGAAAGAGCUUCACUCGGAAGGUACAUCUCACUUGUCACACACAAAAAUCUCACUCAGGGGAAAUCGUACAGGAGAUUGGAGAUGAGCUGUUCCAGGAUUCCUUUGAAAUCCUUACCGUGGACAUAUGAAAAGGAAUCCGAGUGAGAUAAAUUUCACUCUAGAGUCAAACUUGAGUAUAAUACAGUUAAACCUUGGAUCCCAAAUGCCUCCGUUUUCGAACAUUUCGGCUCCCGAAUGACGGAAACUCGGAAGUAAAUGCUCCAGUUUUGGAAUGUU